CGAGUCCUGGCCGUCUUCAGUGAGGUGGGAGCUGUGGUUUCUGUUUUGUUUGUAGGGGCCGAAGACACUGCUGUCUCUUCCUCCGGUUCCUGAACGCUGCCUCUCUAAAAGGUGUGGGCCCCAUUCUGUCUUGACUACAGGUCGGGGAGUUGGAACUUCUGCUCUCUCAAGGUUAUUGUCUACAGGCGUGGCUAAUAUCCAGACCCGGAAUUUCAGUGGACCGGAUGGCAUCUUCAAGACCCGAUGGCACCAGGGGACCCGAUGGCACCUUCAGGACCCGAUGGCACCAGGGGACCCGAUGGCACCUCCAGGACCCGAUGGCACCUCCAGGACCCGAUGGCACCAGGGGACCCGAUGGCACCUCCAGGACCCGAUGGCACCAGGGGACCCGAUGGCAUCUCCAGGACCCGAUGGCACCAGGGGACCCGAUGGCACCUUCAGGACCCGAUGGCACCAGGGGACCCGAUGGCACCAGGGGACCCGAUGGCACCUCCAGGACCCGAUGGCACCAGGGGACCCGAUGGCACCAGGGGACCCGAUGGCACCAGGGGACCCGAUGGCACCUUCAGGACCCGAUGGCACCAGGGGACCCGAUGGCACCAGGGGACCCAAUGGCACCAGGGGACCCGAUGGCAUCUUCAGGACCCGAUGGCACCAGGGGACCCGAUGGCACCAGGGGACCCGAUGGCACCAGGGGACCCGAUGGCACCCCCAGGCCUCCACAGGCACUUUCACUCACAUACAGCAUAGACACACACAUAAUUCUAAAUAAAAAUUAUUUUUUUUAAGGAA